ACCCUGGGGCAGGACCCUUCCAGCCCCGGGGAGCAGCAGUUGGCCUGCAGACAGUGGGUCCUUUGGGCUGUUGGAGCGCUAGGAACUAGGCUUUCAGGACUUCCCGCUCUGGCAAGAUCUCCAGGAGGGAAACCCUGGGAGUGUUCACAUCACUAUGAGCAAAGAGAGAACUCCCUCCUUCUGCAGGAUGAAAGGUUAGAGGCCCCUGCGGAAUGCCUCAGGAAGGAAACACCAGGGUGAUGGAGCAAUUUGAUACACUGGAUGUGUCGGCCGUGCUUAAUCUGGAGUCAGCUCUGGUCAGAGAUGGAGCUUCCAGACAGGUGCUCCCGGCGGCUGUCCCACUCAUUCGCGACUGUAAAAUGAAAGCCAAAGAGAAGUACCAAUCCGACGUGUGGUUAGAAAUUGAACACCUGAAUAAGGGGAUAGUGCGAGAAGACCCAAGGUCAUCCUCUGUGGCACCUUGUGAUACAACUACCAGUGCUGUGGCUCAGUGUGAGACAGAUCCAGUUGAGAACAUACUUGAUCAGAACCUCAAGAUCAAGUUUUACAUCAGUUCUGGGUCCGCGUCUCCAUCCUCACACAGUGGAGAUGAAGCCGACCCAGUUAAGAUUGUAGAUUCUGCUCAUCUACCAGUUCAUACACCAACAAUAAAGAGAAAGGAAUAUCAUAGUAGUAUCCUUUUUCCAACUAAGAAUAAGAGCCACCAGUUUUUCCUUACGUCCUUCACCGCGCCCACCAAAUGUCACCAGUGCACGUCUCUGAUGGUGGGUCUGAUAAGACAAGGCUGUGCCUGUGAUGCAUGUGGGUUCUCAUGUCACACAACCUGUGUAGAGAAAGCUCCAAGAGCUUGUCCAGUACCUUCCCAGCAGAAGAGAGGCACCCUCUGUGUAGACGUGCAGGAAGGCAUGGGAACAGCCUAUGAAGGCCAUGUCUGGAUUCCAAAAAAAGCAGGGGUGAAGAAAGGAUGGCAGAGAGCACUGGCUAUAGUUUGUGACUUCAAGCUCUUCCUGUAUAAUAUGGAAGAAGAAAAAGGUUCAAAACCCAAUGUCGUCGUGAGUCAAGUGAUUGACAUGAGGGAUGGAGCAUUUUCUGUGAGUUCUGUCUGGCCCUCUGACUUCAUUCCUGUAAGGAGAAAGGAAAUGUCCCGUAUGUUUAAAGUUACGGCUUCUCAGCUCUCGGCGCCUAGCAAUAGGUACUCAGUACCAAUCCUUGCAGACAGCGAGAAUGACAAGUGUGAGUGGGUGGGAGUGCUGAGUGACUUGCACAGGAUGCUGAGAAAAAGUCACUCCAGAGACCGCUCAGUCUAUGUUCUAAAAGAGGCUUAUGAUAGCAGUCUGCCCCUGAUCAAAACCACCCAGACAGCUGCAAUCAUAGAUCACAAAAGAAUUGCUCUGGGAAAUGAAGAGGGGUUAUUUGUUGUGCACGUUACCAUAGAUGAAAUUAUUCAGGUUGGUGACAUGAAGAAGAUUUAUCAGAUUGAGCUUAUUCCCCAUGGCCAGAUGGUUGCAGUGAUCUCUGGGCGAAGUCAUCAUGUGCAACUGUUCCCCAUGUUGGCUUUGGAUGGACGGAAGACUGACAUUCACAAGCUGGCAGAAACAAAAGGGUGUCACACAAUGACUUCUGGAACAGUGUGCCAAGGGGCUCACACAUGCCUUUGUGUGGCCAGGAAAAGCCAAGUCUUUUGUUAUGAGCUGUUUCAGAGCAAGAAAAUUUCUCACAGAAAAUUUAAAGAGCUCCAAAUCCCAGCCAAUGUCCAGUGGAUGGCCAUCUUCAGUGAACAGCUUUGUGUAGGAUUCCAGUCAGGAUUCCUGAGAUACCCCUUGAGGAGAGAAGGAAGUCCAUACAGGAUGCUCCACUCACAUGACCCUACACUGUCAUUUAUCGUGCAUCAACCAGUGGAUGCUCUCUGUGCAAUUGAGAUCUCCAGUAUUGAGUACCUGUUAUGUUUUAAGAGCAUCGGAAUUUACACGGACAGCAGGGGCCUCCGAUCUAGGCCAACUGAACUGAUGUGGCCAGCAACGCCAACUUAUUGCCGUUACAAUGCCCCAUAUCUCUCCGUGUACAGUGAAAAUGCAGUGGACAUCUUUGAUGUGAACUCCAUGGAAUGGAUCCAGACUGUCCCCCUCAAGAAGGUUCGACCCCUGAAUAGUGAAGGAUCCCUAAAUAUUUUACUUUCGGAGACAAUUAGAUUAAUAUAUUUCACAAAUAAGAUGACAUAUGGAGAUGAGCUGGUAUUUCCCGAAACAUCAGAGAGUCAUCAGAAGCAAAUGGUCCGACACCUCCACAGCAAGCGACGAUAUUCCUUCAGAGUUCCCAGAGGGAAGGAGAGGCUGCCCAUAGGGCUGUGAUCACCAUCCUUCACAUGUGGGCCAGAAGGACGACUCCAGAACCACAUGUUAUUUGAUGUUAUUUGGAAGAAAAAUAAAUAAAUUUCUGAAACUUGGGCAGAAAUCUCUGUUCACAUCAGUGUUAUGUUUAUUUCUCUGUGAAACUUCAAAGGAAACCUUUAUGUAGUUAAAUAUAAAUGGAAGUGUAACGUCAAUUUGUUUUUCCAUGAGUGCGGAAUAACUGAAAUUCGGUAUGUAAGCCUCCAUAUAACAUAAAUAUAGAACAAAUGUGGAUACACAUUGUAACAUAUGCCCCCAAAUCAUUUUGUGAACAAAUAAACAGUACUGUGUAUGCAUACAGAUUGAUUACUCUCUGACUCUGGAUGUGUUUUGCUUUGACUUUAGGAUAACCUUUGGUAAUAAGCCAUUAUUUGGCAAUAAUUUCUGUAACUGAAGAGGCAAAAAAAAAAAAAAAAAAAAGUUGACCUUCUUUGGAUGACAAAAACAUUCCUAAAG